AUGGAUUACAAUGAACUCAAAUUGAUCAAGAGAAAAACAAAAUAUGCCAACGAGGACAAUUAUGUAUCGUUGGCUGAAACAUGUCUGUUGCUUGGGGAACUGUACAAAGAUCGCGAGGAACCGCAACGUGCGCUUAACGAAUACAAAUUGGCAGCCAAAGCGUACGAAAAACUUAACCGCACGAUGGAACGAGGGCUUGCCUUUCGCAUGGUCGGCGAGAUGCACUCCAUGUUGGGUCAGUUCAAAGAAGCUUUGAAGAAUGUGCAAGCCUACAUGAGGGCCGCUCAAAAGGAAGGCAACGUGAAGGCAUUACAGGAAGCACACGUUACUGUGGGUCGCGUUUUUUUGCACCGAGCCGAAUGCAUGUUGAAACAAACCAAACAGGCCAACGCUGAAGCGGAUUUGGACGAAGCCAAAAAAUCCUUCCAAACUGCACUAACGAUCUGCGGUGAUCUUCAAGGAACCGUUCGAAAGUCCGAACUGAUCAGCAUGCAAGCUGGGAGCUAUCUUAAUCUCGGUAUAACGUUGGAUUACCAAGGCAAAACAGAUCUCGCGCAAGAGAGCAUGGAGCGAGCCAUUCGGUUGGCCAAGGAAGCGGAUUUGUUUGAGCUGCUGUACACCUGCUACAACGCUAUGGCACUGUGCAGUUCUAAGUGGGAAAGCAAGGGAGGCGGUGACCACUGUGGCCGAACAUUGCGCCUGUUGAACUAUAGCCUUGAGGUUGCCUCGCGGCUUUCAAAUCGUAAAUCCAAAAUGUGUCAAACGUUGAUGUUGAUGGCCAAUUUUUUCCUGAAAAUGGACGACUUUCAAAGUGCCCGCCAAACGCUUAAAAGAGCAUACCGCCUGAAAACUCCCGUCAUCGAAGAUGCGAAACGGAUCGCCAGCAAGCUGAAAGUGCUCGUUGCCAUGUGUCGCAUGGAAGACGAGCUCGUCACAACGGAGGCCACAAAUUACAAGCGUCGUAAGGAGCUGUAUGAGCACAUGGGAGAUGGCGCGUGUAAGCUGCGCAAUUUCGGAAAAGCCGCCGGUUUCUACCAGCGCAUGCUUCAGUGUGCCGAGGCGCUUGGUGAAGCCGAUCGCCAACUGUUACCAUGCUACGUAAGCCUUUACCUGACGUACACUGACAACUGCCAGUACGAUCAGGCGAUAGAGUACCUUUGGAAGGAGUACAACGUGAUCGCGAACGAUCCACAGGAAGCUUACCAUACUCUCAUGAAGAUCGCGAAACUUUACGAGCGACAGAAAAAGUCAUUUUUCACUAUCCAAAACGUGUACCUGCGGGCCAGAGAAGAGGCGAAAAAGCUGCAAUCACGCGACCUAGAACGGGUGGCUAUCCAACGGACAAUCAAGCUUUUGCGCGCCAACUGCAUGGAUCUGAUGGCGGAAAAGCUCGAAAAGGAAGCAAUCGAUGAGGGGAUCGGUGAUCUUAACGACGUUCCCGCCGAUAGUGAAGAGUUGCCCGAUCAUUCAAUAGAGUAUGUAGAUUUCGAACCGGAAGAGGAAAACGAGGACGGAGAGGAACACAACACGCCCAAUGUCGGGGACGAUAUCGAUCUCGAGGUCGAUCUCUCAGGGGACUCGGAAAGCGAGCAAGAUGCAACCAUGGUAACUGCCGCAAACAGCACUCUAGUGACGAGCGCAUCGAAAACACGGAAACGCGGCAAACGGUUCGUCGUCCGGCGGAAUAUCAAAGGAGAAACGCAGCUCCACCAGGCAGCCAUCGCGGGCAACAAGGUGCUGGCUGAGCAACUGUUGGACUUGGGACACUCGGUGAACGAGCGUGACUAUGCGGGAUGGUUGCCACUUCACGAGGCUUGCAUACACGGUCACGCAGAAAUCGUCCGGCUGUUGCUUGAUCGCGGAGCGCAUCUCAACGACAAAGGUGGCACGAGUUGUGAAGGUAUAACACCUCUUCACGAUGCCUGCCGUAACGGACAUUUGGAGGUGAUCGACAUUCUGCUCGAUCGUGGUGCUAACGCUACGCAACGUAACGAUUAUGGUGAUUCCUCCUUAAGCAUGCUAGAAGCAUGGUACGAAAAAAACAAGUCAUCCUUAUCGGCUUCCGAAUCCACCCACCACGACACCAUUCGGAACCGUUUGAUGACGUUGUUCGAUGCAGCAGGAAUUCCGAUUUCUUCCCCACCUACGUCGGAUAAAUUGGCCCCGAAAAGCUCAAGCGGAAAGAGAAAGCCUCCUUCCGAGGAUCUUGCACCAUCUUCACCGUUAAUUUCACCCUCCCAUUCGAGUCGUUCAACUGCAACUGCCUCCUCUGGAUAUGGUAGCGAAGUGGGCACUUCAUCACGCCAUCGGAACUCCAUUUUUAAUGCUCAACAGCAUGUGUUAAACUCGGAGGAAUCCAGCAGCGAUGGGGAAGACAAGCAGGCACGCCCCCAGAAGUCCUCAACGGGAAUAAUGGAGUAUCGCAACGUAAUGAACGCAAUGCGGAAAAGCAAACUCAACGACGAACGGUCAACGUCCAUGUCGCUGUCUACUCAAAAAAGGCGCCAAGUAAACAGUUCGACGGAUGAAGAAGGCAUUGACGAUUGGCUUGUGGAUGACAUGAAACAAACGCUCAAAAAGAGUCGGGUUAGUCGUGAUUUUCUCGCUAAAUCUUCUGGUGAAAAAUUGCCAAAGAAAAGAUCAUCCAACUCCUUGACCGCACCGCCUUCUAAUAAGGUCAACGAGGAUAGAACUGAUUUGCGACGCAUGCUCGAUGACGACACAACAGCUCGGUUAGAAGCGCUUGUGGAUUCUGAAGAUGAUAUACCUAUCGCAAAUGGCGAAACCCCUCAUUUAAUCGAUGGUAAAGAAAGUGCCUUCAACGUUCUCAUGAACAAUUCCUCGAAGAGUUUUCGACGAACGCAAUCCAGGCGAAACUCUUCCGAACUACGGUCCUCCUCGUUUAUUCGAAGGAAUUCGAACGUACAGUCAUCUCUGCUUGAUGCAGGAUUUCAGCGCCAUACUUCGCCUACUUUAGAAGAGAAAGAAAAUUUUAUCCCCAUAGGGAGUUCAAAUUCAACGACCCCAGUUAAGCAUUCGAAAGAUAAUGUUUCGCAACAGAAAAGAACAUCUAGUGAUGUACCUCCCAAUCGUAUGAUCCAAGUGAUUCUGGAUGCCAAGGAAACAUUCAGCGUGCCUUACGAUGAGCAGCUAAUCUUAACGACACAAACCAUCGGAUGGCUACGGAACGAGAUCGCCAAGCAAUAUAUGAUGAAGCAUGGAAAGCGCCCAACCAUAAAAUUGAUACCUCUGGAAGGAUCAACGGCUUAUGUGAAUUCUUUUUUUGAUUCCGAUUCGUUGCAAGUACUGCUCUCAAAUGGGGUGAAAGAAGGAGCUUCAGUGCAUGGGCAAAUACAUGGAUGGGAACGGAUCAACUUUGAUCAAUUCCUCGAUGAAUAUUUCCAAGAACACUGUAUCGAAAACGAUCAGGAGCUGCGCAAGAACCUCAUAGCCUUGGAUCGCAUGUACAAGAUCGUUCUGGAGCCCGACUACGCGUACUCGGUUCCAUCAGAACCGAUACCACCUGUCAAAGUUAUGUCUUUGCUGUAUAUGGUGAUAUUUUUGCAACAAGACUGCAUAACCCAUUUGGAUCUGUCGAUGAACGGAAUAACAGACGAAGAAAUGGAAAAACUAGUACGAUAUCUUCCUGCUUGUAAGCAUUUGCGGGUAUUGCGGUUACGAAUGAAUAUCCUCACCAGCCGCAGUGUUGAGAUGCUUUGCUUCGGUUGCAAAGACCCAGUUUGGGACGCUGAUUUUGAUUCGUCCAGUAACGCUGGUGCGCUAGGGGGAGGAAUGUUAACAGAGCUAGAUCUGAGUCAUAAUCCGCUCCAAGAUGGGUCUCUGGGUUAUAUUAAUCGCUUGUGCUGCAAUUUGCCAUCACUCCGUAUCCUGCGGCUAUGUUCAACGGAUAUAACAAACUUCUUACCGACCGAACAAACCGACUUUGGACGGCUGGAAACGAUCGACAUAUCGGACAAUGAGCUUACGGAACGUUCCAUGCACUGGUUGCUGCAACAGCUGGCUGAGGAUAAAUUGCGAGAGGCACACUUCAACUCACUAUCGGUCCACUGCGACGAAUUCAAGGCAAAGCUAUGGCCCACGCUAUCUGAACACCCGAUGAAUGGUUUACAUUUGCUAAAUCUAACAAACUGCCGUCUAACGGAUGACGAAAUAGAAAAUUCACUUCUACCCGCAAUCGGAAAGAAUUGUGGAGGAUUGACACGGUUGGAUCUGUCCCUGAACGUGGCACUUACGAAACGCUCUUUUCUCGCCAUUAUAAAGCACUGCUCCGAUGCGGCAUACGUGUUGAAAGAGGUUCGUUUCGAUCACGAUGUACAGCUGUUAGUGGAUCUGGAAACGAGCAUAUCAACCGAAGAACUGUUAAAACUCAUCGAAUUUAACCCCGCGACGCGAUAUCCUCAACAGAUUCACGCGAUUCUGCCUGUCAGCGGAUACAGUACGGAACAGUUUGAAUCCCUCUUUGCGGCUGUCGAAAACUUUUGGAAAGCACUGUGGCCAUCGAGGCAAUCCUGCGUGACGAGACACGAAGACGGUUUCCAGCUAACGCUAAGUGUUGAUCUUGUCGCAUAAACGAAGGCCUAGUUGUAAGCUUUUAAUAAAGUAUUUAAUGUACCUAUGACCA